UCAUUUCACUCUCCACAUAUUAAAGCUUAGCUCAUAUUUUUAAGAGAUCAAGAAAAUGGACAAGAAAGACGAUGGUGCUAAAUCUUGUAACGUAGCACAAACCGGUGUGGCUGGAUCUGGUUCGGGUCAUAUGGUGGCGCCAGGGACUGGAGGUGCAGUUCAGAUACCUCGGGAUGCUUUCGAAGCUAACACUAAGGCCUACUUUGACGACCUUCAUGCCAAGGACAAGUACAGAUAG